AUGAUGGAGAGGGCCGAUGAUUUAGGGCUCAGCCUCAGUCUCAGCUCAUCGCUUGCUCCUCGCACUCACCAUGUCGCCAUGCUGCUCCACGCUCCAGAGAGGAGAUUUCUGGAGAUGCCGCUGCUCCCUGCAAAGCGGAGCGAGGUCCCUGGCGCCGAUGAUUCCAGCCUGCGCGGCGGCAGCGACGAUGAGGACGGCAGCUGCGGUGUAGAUGGUUCCCGGAAGAAGCUCCGGCUGUCCAAGGACCAGUCCGCCGUGCUCGAGGAUAGCUUCCGGGAGCACCCGACUCUAAACCCGAGGCAGAAGGCAGCCUUGGCGCAGCAGCUCGGUCUGCGUUCACGGCAGGUGGAGGUGUGGUUCCAGAACAGACGCGCAAGGACGAAGCUGAAGCAGACGGAGGUGGACUGCGAGUUCCUGAAGCGCUGCUGCGAGACGCUGACCGAGGAGAACCGGCGGCUGCAGAAGGAGGUGCAGGAGCUCCGUGCGCUCAAGCUCGUCUCGCCGCACCGCUACAUGCACAUGUCCCCGCCCACCACCCUCACCAUGUGCCCCUCCUGCGAGCGCGUCUCCAACAACAACAGCAGCAACUCCACCGCCGCCGCCACCGACCGCCGAAACGCCGUCGACGGGGGCGCCAUCUGCCACCGCCCGAUCGCCAUCCGGCCGCAGCAGUCAUGAUCCACAGCGUAGCUACAUCUGCCCACUAGCUAGUUAAUCGUAGUGUACUAGCGCUAGACAGUACACCAUGCAUGUCAAAGGUAGCCAACAGUUUGCACAUUUAUUCCCGCAAAACUGUUGCAGCCCAUAUCGAUCGUUCUUGAUUUUCUUUCUUUGAUGGGAAGACGAUUAUUAGACGGAGAA